AUGAAGCUCUCCAUCUUGUGGUCUGUCUUCAGCCUCGCUGUCGCUGCUGGCGUUGCAGUCGGCGAUUCUCCAUCUCUUUCUGAUGCCACCAUCGUCGAGACGACCAACCUAGCGACGAGCAUCUCCUGCGUCACCUAUCACACGUUCGUGACACAUACUUACACUGUCAAAAAGGGAGCAACCAUCUCGCAGACUGGCAGCGUCACUUCGUCCGUUCCCGUUGCUGUUACCUCUACAACCUCGAAGACCUCCAACGGACCUGCGACUUCGACUCAAGGUGUUCUAUCGACUACUAGUGGGCCUAAUAUCUCAAAGACCUCCUCGUCUACCGCUACGUUUCCCGUCUUCCCUUUCCCCUUUACUCUGUCUUUGCCAGGGAUCGGGAUCUGGCCAGCGGUCAAAACCUCCUCGACCUCAAACCAUGGAACGGCGCCGACUGGUGGAACUCACAGCAGCGGAACCUGGCUUUCUACUGCCGAGCCUCAGUCUUCUCGUGGAACGUCUAGUGUUAAACAAGCUUCCACAAGUAGUACCACCGACGUAACGGGGAGGACCAGUUCCGCGCAAAGCAGUACUAAGCCCAGUGGGGGCGCGACCACUGGGACUGCGCAUGCUAAAAUUACAGGUGAUGGAACGGGGAUCAUCAGUACCACCCACACUAGAGCAUCAAGUGUCACUGGCCCUGCCGGUGUAACGCUCACCCAGCCACCUUCCAUAACUACCAGCCUGCCUCCAAGCCCUCUGAUUACCUCCAGCGCGUCCGUCAUUGCCGUCCGCUUUCACAACGUCGUCACAAUUAUCACAUUCUGGGAACUGAGCCCCGAGCCACGGCCAGAUAAACAAGUCAUCGACAACGUCAAGCGAAUCAAGGAUGAUAUUGCUGAUCUGGCGAAGACCAUGGGCGAGAAGCUCCCAAAGUGCAAUCAAAAGAAGCGCGGUCUGUUUGACGGUCUUCUGAACCUCGCCGGAGACACCACCAGCCAGAUUUUGGAUAAGUUCGGUUGUCUUGACAACAAACUGGAUGACCUUGUGGCAAGAAUCAAGAACAAGGACGUCAAGGGUGUCAAAGACAUCGUGAAGGCUCUGGACAUUGAAAAGCCCCCUGCUGACCCUAAAACCUCGGCGACUAACGGACCUGGCAAUGACAAUAAAAGCUCCAGCCGCUCGUCCUCGUCCUCGUCAUCGUCGUGUACCUCGCAGUCAACCGCACACCAUGUCAGGAUCCUCUGCCAGCCAACCUCUAUCACUACCGGUGGCUCGACGUUUACAACCACAACAUGCACCCGGACUACUACCAUCACCACCACGGGAUGCUCUGUCACCGCAACGACGACCACAAUCACCAACACUCCGAGCUCCACUCCGACGAGACGCCUCUGCGCACAGGAAAACUGCGGUGCUGCAUGCUUAGCCGGGAAGGGGGGGUGGGUGUCAAUCUCAUCGGUGGAAUGUGCCUCUAUCCCAACCAGUACUGUAGGAGCACUGCCUACGGGCAACGGGGGAAGAAUCCAUCGCCGGUAUAGCUCUCUUGGCAAGGACACAGGAGUCGAAUCAUCCAAUCAGACCUAUACCUUUGGCAAGCGAGCCCUACAGGAUCUUUCCGCCGUGGACCCAAACCACUAUCUGCCCAAACUCAACCACGCUAUAACCCAGAACGACCACUGGGCUAGCCAAAGCGAGCCAGUGACGGGCAAAUGGUAUCGCUGGCCUGAUCUGCAGGCCGCGCUUGGCGUGAAGGGCCUCCACGGCUGCACUGUGCUGAUGAUCGUCGCGAAAGAGGGCGUCUACCUCUCGCACAUCUUUGAGUCCCCCAUUUUCCGCACCCUGACCGAGCCCGAUGUAGCCGACGACUUUUUCAUGGAGCAAACGUUCACCGCACUGAGUACCGGGCGUACCGGGCCUGCCGGAGUGGUCAACAAUCAGAUCGAACGCCUGCAAGGUCUAUGGGGAACGGACGCCAACCCCGGCCCCCUGCAUCGCACCAACAACCCCCAGCUCAUCAUCAUCACCCCUUUCUUGCCCGAAUGGCAACCCCAGGAAUAUAUGUACGCUCGCCGAGUCAAAUGGCUCGCUGCCCAGUUCAACCGAUUCCUCUACUUCCCCACCGGGGGAGCUCCCGCAGAUAAAGCCCCGAUCAUCCGCGGUUACGAGCCGACCGAUUUCUGGCAGUCCAACAAUGAUGAUUCCUCCGUGGGGAAAGUCGUGAUAGAAGUCGACAAGUACAACAAUUUCCUGCAGGCGGGCAAUCACCUUCUGGCUGUGGGUCAAUGGCGGCUGUGGUUGUGUGGGCAAUAUGUCAUGGACUACGACUUCUGGGAUCCGGCGGCGAUUCUUCAGCCUGUUGCUCAGCCGCAGGGGCAUAUGCAGCGGCGAGAUCGGUGCCCGGGGCGUUUCAUUUCUCUUCAUCCUACGCUGGUGACUUCGACAAAGACUGCCGCUACGGGCACCAAAAGCUCGUCCACUACCAAGUCGGCUACAGCCACACCGACACCUCAGAUAAGCGAUCAGACCUGCCUCCCCAACAAAGACUUCCACCAACCACUCGACUCCCACAUCGUCGACACUGUCGCCUCUCUCUGCUGGCGCGGCACCCAGAUCCCCUCCAUCGAUUUCGAGAUGGGACCCGAUAGCAAACCACUCACAUGGUCCUCGGGCAGCCCCACGAUGACGAACUGGCAGUACCAUGUCACGAUCACCUGGGUGAAGGGAUGCAAGGGACCAAAGCAGAAGCCCAUUGCGCCGACCGGGCAAGAGGGGACCAAGUACACCUGUGAGAAUAUUGUCAAAGAUAACUUCAGCAAGUGCGUGGUUGAUCAUCGCAGCUACGGUGGGAGUAGGGUGUUUGGGUGCUUGGAGUAUCGGGGUUGGAUGGAGCAUUGAUUCUUAGGCUUAGGCCAGAUUCUUGUUCUUAC